CUAGAGAUAAAGAAGGAGGGAAAGCUGUUAAGGUUUUUUUUUUCUUCUACUGAAUAAAACAUUUGUCUUAUUCAAGGAUUAAAGAUUGUAUGAAACUAUAUGACGCUAAUAGUGAUGAUGAUGAUGAUGACGAUGAUGAUGAUGAUGAUGAUGAUGAUGAUGAUGGCACUGAUACCAUCACCAUCAUGAUUCGUUAUUUAGAUAUAAUUUCCUUUUACCUUAAAUAUUAGUCCAGAAUUAUAACCAGUGCAAAAUAUUUCAAUAAGAAAUCCUGACUUUGCAAGUUUACUGCCUUUUUUUUCCAGAAGUGUAAAUUUGUUACUUGUUAAACUUUUGGACGUUUCUGUAGUUAGUUUUGUAGUUUAUUCUGCAACAAUAAAACAAAGAGACGAUCAAUCAGUCGGGAGCGCGCAUUCUCAGGGCUCCAUUCAGCUCAAUGCGCGCUCACGCGGUCGGGGGAAACUGUGCCAGGAAACAAGUUGUGGAGAACCGGAAGCAGCAGGUUGUUGGAGAAAACAUCCCGAAGAUAAAAGGGAAUAGAAGAAGGAAUAAAGGCUUUGAUCUUACCCAUGGAUCAAGUCGAAAUGAACAUGGCACUGACGCAGGAUGCGGUUUUGGCGUUUCUAAAGGCGCGCUCCGGGAAAGUCAGGAACGCGGAGCUCCUGAGCGCGUUCACGGCGCACAUCAGCUGCAGCGAGCACGAGCAAAGAAAACACAACCGGGAUCUGUUCAAGAGUUUCAUCAACAACGUGGCCGUCGUGAAACGGGUCGACGGUGUGAAAUACGUCGUGCUGAAGAAGAAAUACCAAGAGAUGAUCAAUGAAGGACAGCCGUCCAUAGCAUCCUCAUCAUCAUCAUCAUCAUCAUCAUCAUCAUCAUCAUGCACAACACAUCAGAGCUGCUUUUCCAAAUGCGAGUUUCUUCCUAUAACCAGUGCAGAUGUUGUAAAUAACAAUUCAUGGUUUCACACGAAUCUAAAUGGCUCCAUUAAACCAACAAACCAGCUUCAAUUGAAAUCAGAUGAAUCUGAAGCUCUGGUCACUUCACCCAACCAGGAGCAAUCAUGGAUCGCUCAGCUACUUAAAGUACCGAAUAAUACCAGAAACCACAAAAUGGGGUCUGUUUUCGCUGUCGUGACAAUAAAAUCGCCUCCUUGUUGGCGGUCCGAGGAGAUAAAAAACGACCACGGAAUCCGUGCACGUCCUCAGAGAUUCCAGAGUCCACCACGUGAGGACGUAAAAACCAUCCUCCGAAUGGAGGAGAGUUCACCUUACCCAAAUCAUGAACCUGAUCUGAGCAAAUUGCCAGGAAUGGAAAGGAGACCGAUGGCAGCGCCAGAACGAGGAAACAAAGUAGAUCCACCAGGUUUCGGUGGUAAGGUCUUGCCUGUGUUUGGUCUGGAGCCACAAGAACAUGAGUGGCUUGUAAAGUCAGCAACAGGAUGCUGGAGUCAAGUCUACAGCCUCCUGCUGCAGGACAUCCACCUGGCGGAGAAAAGGAGCUUCAUAUCUGGAUUUACGGCACUUCACUGGGCCGCUAAACACGGAAACAGCAAAACGGUGCGCCGAAUCCUUGACGUCGGGGAAAAGGUUGACGUGAACGUCAAGAGCUUCGAUGGUUACACGCCUUUGCAUCUUGCCGCCAUUCACAGCCACGAAUCGGUCUUAUACGUACUGGUGCGUGAAUACGGCGCAAACUUCAACAUACGUGACAACAGUGGCAAAAAGGCCCAUCAGUACCUGAGCAAAGACCUCCCUGCUGAGGUGAAAGCGCUGCUCGGAGACCCUUCUGCCUCCGGUCCAGUUACGGGUGAUCAACACCUUCCAGAGUGGUCUACAAACCCUAACACAUUCACUAAACUCUUUCAAGGCAGCCUGGGACGCAGGAAGAAAUCCAAACAUCGAUUAAGCUUCCGCUUCCUCGGUGAUGACCAGGAGAACAGGAAAGACUGGACGUCCAACCACUAACUCGAGGAGUUUUGGAGUUUGAAUGCACUUGAAUAGAUGUUUGCAUUAACAUGUCACUUUCGAGUUAAAUUUCUAGAUAUUUUGAGCUUUUCUAAUACAUUUACACAGAAUUUCCAGCUCUAAGUUUGUUCAAUCAGCUUAAUCACAUUUCUGUGGUGGAACGAGAUUUGUUAUAAUCAACGCCAUUUUACUUAACGAUCUAAAACCUCAGAUCGUUAUUUUAACACCUGUAAAAAUAAGUCUGUAGUGCCAGUGGUUUUUUUUGUAACAGUCCAAAAAACCUCCAUGGGGAAGAAAGUGUUCAUGACUGAGGACUUUGUUCUUCACAUUGUAAUAUGCUGUUUGAAAAUGUUAAGUAUAACAAGACACCCUACAAUUUCUUGUUAUUCAGCCUCGCUGUAGGACCAUUUACAACCACACCACGUUCCACUGUUGCGUAUAAACUGCCCAAUGCACUUCAAUAGACUUUUACAUUAGUAUUUGUUGUUAAGUAACAGCCGACAGUGAACUUAAGUAGACCUUCACCAGAACUUACUGUAUUUUCAUUCUUUUUUUCUUUAUUUUAUUUAUGAUUGUCAGAGGAUAUUGUAUUGUAUCGUCUUGUGUCUUUUUUAAAGGUGAAUUUGGAGCUCUAAAUCAGUGGUCCCCAACCCUCGGGCCCCAAUUGGGUCAAUUGUUACCGGGCCGCACAGAAAGAAUACAUAACUUACAUUAUUUCCGUUUUAUUUAUUAUCUGAUUCUAAACGGUUUUCUUUUGGAAAAUGAUCGGAUUCUCUCCACCACAUCUGUCUAUGACUCAGUCUUGAUGCAUGUCAUGAUGCCUCGGUCACAUGUCUUACCUCCAUCCUCUACCUUCUUAAAGGGGCUCCGGCCAGUAACACAUAAUAGUAAAACCCCUAAGCAAGCAAAAUUAACAAAAAAACAACACAGUGGAUUUACGUUUAUUAUUAUAUUUAGAAAUUAACAGUUUUUAUGCGGUCGUGUCGUUUUAUUGUGUUGUAUUUAUCUGCAAAAAAGGUUGGGGGCCACUGCUCUAAAUGGCCCCUAGGUAUGUCCCUGGUUCAUGCCCAGUGUUCUAUGGAUAAACCACAGAUUCACCACCAUCCUGAGCACUUCUGUAGUGAUAUUUAGAUUUUCAUAAAGCUGAGAGUAGAAAAAGACUUUAUAUUAAUCUGCACUGAUGUGAAGGAACUUCCCAGUAAAGCCAAUGCACUUGAUUAGUCUCAGACUAAUAUACACACCAUAGCCUGUAUUUAAAAAUGUAUUAAUAUUUAUUGAUUUUUGGUAGCAAAGAUAAUAUUUUGUUUAGAUGUUUAGAUUGUGAGAAACGUGUGUAUAACCCUUUUAAAAAUCCAUCACUUUCAGGUUUGAUUUAAUAAGUUAUAAUCAUAAGCUUUUAAUAAUAUGCUCGAGUUCUGGGUAAUGAUAUUUUUCUGGGGUUUCCCCCCGAUUCUACUUGUCCUCUACACACAUGAUGUUACAGAUAUGCACAUGGUGCAGUACAUUUUAUUAACUGACUUGAGGAUCAUACUUUAGGUAAUUUAAAAAAGAAAUGAAAGUGUAUUUCAGUAUAGAUAUUACACACUUAUCUUGUUUACAGUACGAUUUGUUUGACACCUGUCUUUGUCCCUGAUUGUGAUUGUAGUGAUUGUGUUUGCAAAUUACAAAAGUGUGUGUUGUUUGUGCGUGUUUGUAGUGCAAAAAUGAUGGUGGGUUUCCUUUUUUUUGUUGUUUUUGUUCACUUGAUCUCGUCCUUGAGCAAUUCAAUGUUUUAGUCUUAAUGGCUAAACUGGUGCGUGAGUGGGUUUCAGCCCAGUGUUGGGCCCAAGAUCUUAAACCUUUUAACUAUGUAGAUAUAUAAUUAUAAUAUAUUCUGGACUGUAAUAGAGGAAUAGAUUUGAAGUUUAGAAAUGGUAUAUUUCACAAAAUUGCUUUUAUAACACUUGAUUUUUGUAACUGGUGAUGAAUUCAAGACUAGACAUUAACUCUUUUUUCUUGUUUGCUUUAUAGUUUUUAAAUAAGGGAAAUUCCUGAAGACAGUUUAUUAUCUUUACAGUUGGAGUAGAAAUCCUGUGGAUAGUUUCUUCAUUAUGAAUGACUACUUGCUCAUUCGUGUCUUGAGGGAUUGUGUGUGUGUGUGUGUGUGUGUGUGUGUGUU